UCUUUAAGUCUUUGUGCUCUUCAGGACUUCCAGGCGACAGGAGAGAAAAAAACAGCUGGAUCCAAGAAUCUGAUCCGAACCUUCAGCGGCUCCAGCUCCUUGAACCGGACCGGACCGGACUGUUCCUCAGGGUUCUGCUGGACUUCAACACGCUGGUUGUCAGGCUGAUGAUGAGGUGUGGAGAUGGAGGCUCCUGAAUACCUGGACCUGGAUGAGAUCGACUUCUCUGAUGAUCCAGUGUAUUCUGUCUCGUCUCUGAAGAACAUCCCAGAACUGUCCAGAAGGACUGAUGGUCAGGCAGAGGACAGACCAGCUCCAGCCAUCACCUGGAGCCGUGGCGUUUCCUCCCACGGCGGUGGAGGAAUCAAACCCACGGGCCUCGCUGAGGUCCACAGUAAGUUCCGUCCGGUGAAGCGGGUCUCUCCUCUCAAACACCACCCAGAAACCACCGACUCGGACUCUGACGGGAAAGGCCAGAACCAGGGUCUGGUUCUGGGGGAGCAGAACGAGGUUGGUAAGGAUGAGCCCGGUUCUGACAAGCAGACUUCUGCCUCCUCGUCCUCUGAUGGGUCCGGAGGGAAGGUGAGAGGCGGCGGUGUGGUCGGAGGGAACAACCCUCAGGUUCUGUUUGGAGAACUGGAACACUACGACCUGGACAUGGACGAGAUCCUGGACGUGCCUUACAUCAAGUCCAGUCAGCAGAUGUCCACGCUGCCACGUGUCCCCCACGACAAGCGAGUGCUGACAGGGAGCAGCGUGGGAGGAGGAACCCUGGAGAGGAACCGGAGCGGGGUUCUGAAGAACUCUGUGGUCCACAACGAGCCUCUGAGCCUGAACAGCAGCAGCUCACAGCCUCCGUACUGUGUUCUGUCCCCGGUGAAGUGGUCUGACCUCAGGAAGUCCAAGUCUGUGGAUCCAGACCUGCAUCACCUGCACCGCUCCCCAGGUGGAGGAGGGUUCCAGUCAGAGCUGGUCUCCUCAGGUCUCCUGAGCUGCUCCUCGUCUCUGUCUUCGUUCUCCGAUGCAGACAAGCUGCUGUCGGCUCGCGUCUUCCCCGAGUCCCAGAACCAGAGACCAGGUGGGGAUCCUCCCGGGAUGAUGUUCCCCCUGCCGGGCUGCAGCCCCAGCAGACCGGAUGGCUCCAAGCCAUGCUGGGCUCCUGGAGCAGGAGGCCCCAGAGGGUUUGGAGGAGCAGGUGGGGAGGUGGACGAGGAGACCAAGAAGAACCAGAACAUCAUCAACAUCGUCCGAGAAGGACAGAUCUCUCUGCUGCCUCACCUGGCAGCUGAUAACCUGGAGCUGAUCAGAGACGAGGAUGGAAACAACCUGCUACACGUGGCGUCCUCUCAGGGUCACGCUGACUGUCUGCAGCACCUCACCUCUCUGAUGGGAGAGGACGGCCUCAACGAGCGCAACAGCCAGCAGCUGACCCCCGCAGGCCUGGGGGUGAAGAACGGACACCUGGAGUGUGUCAGGUGGAUGGUGAGUGAGACGGAGGCCAUCGCUGAGCUGAGCUGCACCCGAGAACACCCCAGUCUGAUUCAUUACGCUGCUCGUUACGGACAGGAGAAGGUCCUGCUCUGGCUGCUUCAGUUCAUGCAGGAACAGGGCAUCUCUUUAGACGAAGUCGACCAAAACGGAAACACGGCCGUUCACGUUGCAGCUCAGUACGGACACCUCACCUGUAUACAGACUCUGGUGGAGUACGGGUCCAACGUGACGGUCCAGAACCAGCAGGGGGAGCGUCCGUCUCAGUGUGGAGAGAGGCAGGGCCACACCACCUGUACGCGCUACCUGGUGGUUGUAGAGACCUGCAUGUCUCUGGCCUCGCAGGUUGUUAAACUCACCAAACAGCUCAACGAGCAGGCUGCAGACAGGAUGAGUCUUCAGAAACAGCUGCAGAGACUGACGGACCCCAGCAAGAGCGAGGGGACGCCGUCCAGGUCUCCCAGUUCCCAUCAGCCCUCGGUGGAGGCGUGGUCAGAGAUGAUGCUGACGGCGGAGGGCACGCCCUCAGACGGUCACUGGCUGGUCCGUCAGGGAGGGGCGGGGCCUGACUCUGUGCUGCGGCAGCUCCUGGGGAAGGACUCGUCUGAGCCCAUGUGUUCCAGAGAGAGACCGGCUCCCGGGUCCGGUCUGAGCAGGGAGGGGUCCGGGGCCCACAGAACGGGGCUCCUGGAGAGGCGGGAGCUGAAACUGGCCAGACUCAAACAGAUCAUGCAGCGCUCGCUCAGUGAGUCCGAUUCUGACGGGUAUCCACCAGAGGAGGGCAAAACCCAGGGAGCUCCGCCCACAAACAGCUCCCGCCCUGAUAGGCCAUCCCACCUGUCAAUCACAGAGGAGGAGCCGGUAUCGACCCAUCUCAGUCAGAUGAUGAGGAAGCACCUCCCUGCCUCCUCCUCAUCUUCAUCAGCUGACAGGAAGCUGGCCUUCACUCUCAGCGGGUCCAAGUCUGUGGACAGCAUCGGGUCCAACCCCUUCCCCUCGUCCAGCGACCCCGAGGCCCCGGACAAGACCCCAGAGACCCCCGCCGACGGGCAGAAAGGUGCGACCAGCCCCAAGAGUGCCUUGAAGUCCCCGUCGUCCCGCAGGAAGACGUCCCAGAACCUGAAACUGAGGGUCACCUUCGACGAGCAGGUCCACAAGAGCUCCACCCAGGAGGCGGAGCCAAGCAGGGCUCCUCCGGGGAGGGACCGGACCCCCGGCGGGGGCUCUGAGGGCAGGAGGCCUUUCGGGACCUUCCGCUCCAUCAUGGAGACGCUGAGCGGGAACUCAAACCACAACAACAACAGCAGCAGCCAAUCAGCCUCCGGCCUCAAACACACCUGUCACAACUCACCUGGCAGGAGGGCAGAGGGGAAAAACAGCCCCGGGGGCGGAGCCAAGGCCAAGAGCAAAGUCAGCAACGUUUAACCAGCCAGUGCCUUCUGAGUGCCAAGAUCCCCCCGAAGAACCCAGUGAGACCACCAGAAACCAGUUGUGAGCCUGUCAGCUUUAAGGUCAACAAACCAUCCUUCAAAAUAAAAGACUUGUGUUUCUGUUGUGUGCCUCAGACUUUCAGAUUAAAGGUGAGUCAGAUUUUCACUUGAAGUUAGGCUCAAAUGAAGGUUUUACUUCCUGUUCCUGAUCACAUGUUGAACUGGUCAUGGUUCGUGCACGUGGUUAACGUGCACCAGCACAACUAAUACCUGAAGACCACUGUGUGUAUAUACAUACAUAUAUAUAAUAUUUAAUUUUUUACUUUGUGUUUUAUGGUUUGUAUCUAUGCAGUAUUUUAGCUGUUUGCAGAGCAGGAAGUCUGCUUUUAUUCUGAAGGAAACGUUUCAUUUUUACAGACGAAGGCUGAAACUGAUCAGUUCAGCCUGAUGUGACAAUAAAACAUUAUUUUUACUCUGAUUUUCUGCACGUGGUCAGACUGCAGCUCAUGUUCUGACACAAACUAUUACAGGACUUAAAAUGUUAAUUUUUUUAUUAUGUUUUUGGGACAUUUAGUAAACCGUAUUUUUAUAAAUCCAUCAGUCAGAUGAACAAAACAAAUCAGCAGCUUUGGGGCUUUACCUGAAUCUUCAUCACAGUCUCCUUCAGGACGAGGAAGAGGACGGACGUCACUGAGUGGAUUUAUUCUUCAAACUAAGAGUUUUUAUUUGUUUGUACUGAUCUGAGCUCAGAAUAUUUUGCUAACAGAAACAAGUUGUUUCCUUUGCUUCGACUUUUCAUGAAAACUAAAAUAAACUUUGGACUUUUUGCUGGA